CCAAAGCCCAUCGAGACUUCUCGACAAAAGAACAGAAUACGAUUAAAACGCAAGACGAUCUAACAGAUCUAGAAGAUGGGAACCUAAAGAAGCGCUACCGCAUCGCUCGCUCAUCUGCAGCAUCUUCUGUGAAUACGGAAACAGAACUAACGCUUAGGAAACCAAACCAAACAACUCACCAACAAAUAGGGGUUGUCGCGCCACACGCCAGGAAGCUCUUGAUCAUACACAACGCUGUGGUCAAGAAUACCGUAGCUUUCAAGACUUCAGCAAGCUGCCGAUGCAACCCAGAUUCUGGAUCCAGACUUCAAAAUAAAGCUGAAGAGGGGCCGAGACAACCCUUACGGAAUAACGCCAAGGUUUUCACUUUAUCCAUACAGACAAGUCCCAAGCCGAGAGGCUUGUGAAGAGGUCUAUGCUAUUCUAACAAGUCUCCACGGAGCGGUGCAGCGACCUGAAAAGAUGCCACAGGCAUCUCUUGAAAUCGCAGGGUGCGGCGAGGUGCCGUGUGACCUAGACGCCCUUCUGAGGACACUCAUCAGCGGCAACACUCUGAUGGCGCUCGCAAAUGCAGCAAUUAAGAACCUGGCGGCACACUAUGGCAUCUGUGCCGAGGGAACUGGAGCCGGAAGUAUCAACUGGGAGAAGGUACGGCUCUCGCCGCACAAUGAGCUUGUGCAGGUCAUCAGGAUGGGCGGCAUUAGCUCUAGGAAAAGUAUCCACAUCAAGAAGAUCCUAGAUAUGGUCUACGAGGAGAGCUUGGAAAGAAUGGACAACACGGCCAUAAUACCAGGGGCCGAGGCGCCAGAAAGCCCACUUGAACAUCUUCUAGAUCGGGAUAAGGAUGACCCUGUAGCUAGGGAGCACGCGGAGGAACCUGAUAUGGGCGUCGUCUGAGGACCAGAAGGAAGCUCGGCGUUGUCUUUGACGGGAAGGGAAAGGGGCAGUGGACCAAGACGAUGGAGCAGGAGGAGACCAACCAUCGCAGCCCUGCAGGCAUAGCCGCUGCUUUGAUCCCAAACUGGCCUUGCAAGAUUACCUUACUACUCUCCACUUCUUUGGUUCUCCUCAUAUAUACUUGACAUAAUAAUCGAGAAAAGCACUGAUACU